AUGGCCUCUCAUCCGGAACUGAAAGCAACAGCAGCUUUGGUGCCACAUCCGCUCGUUCUAUGUGGUAUGCCUCGCACGGGUACAACACUGCUCUACAAUUUGUUAGCUUGUGAUCCAGCAUGUCGAGCACCACUCUUGACAGAAAUGAUCCAACCCGUACCACCACUUGCACGCUCAGACACUGUCGGACAGAUGCAACGCAAUAUUGCUGCACAGGGAUCCAGUGAAAUGUUGAAAGCUUUUGGUUUGACUGAUUAUCAACAAGAUAGACUUGCUUCUCAUCCUAUAUUUGCGAAUGAAGAAGAUCUCAUUAUUCUUUAUCAAGCAGGAUGUCAAUGGUUUAAUAGUAUGCUCACACCUCAUGACAAUGACGAACUCUUGUUAUGUUGUUAUAAAGAACCAGUUGAAUUGAUUGCAGCAAGUAUUCAAUCCGUGGCCAAUCAGACUGAAGUGCAACGAAUAACCAUGGUGAUCUCCUUUGAAGAGAAAACACCCAAUAAAGAAGAGAAAUGCAAAUACUUGGAUAAUAAAUUCAAAGGCGCUGGCUUUGAGCGAAUCAUAUUUACCAUUCAUCCAUAUGGUUUGCCAAAUGAAAUUCCGGGUAAAUGUUCAAAUUCAAAUUACGGCCUCCGAAAGGCUGUUAGUCAAAUGAAUGUUGCCGACGAUGAUAUGAAAAACAUUCUUGUGACAACAUGUGAUGCUGAUUCAAAAUUUCCACCAGAUUAUAUUGCAGCGUUGACUUGGAAAUAUCUAAAAGAGAAUCAACCAGCAUUAACUACAAUCUAUCAAUCACCUUUGUUUUACAAUUGGAAAUUAGAUAGCUUGUCAUUUGUCACUCGUGUCACGGGACUUUUGCGAAGUUUAUUGAUGCUUGGUGCCCUCAUUCCAUUUAACAUCAAUACAAUGAGUAUUUUUUCGUAUUCACUCAGUCUAGCAAAAAAAGGCAAUUUUAUUCAUCCGAGAUAUCAAAUGGAUGACAUAAUUUGUCUCAUUCGAUGGAUGGGUGUAACGCAGCAGCGCCUUCGAAUUUCAAUGAUUCCUGUACCAGUCGUCAGCGGGCCGACAUCAGGUGAAACAAUUGAAAUCGAAAUCAUGGAAUGGGCAAGACAAGCACGUCGUUGGACGAUUGGAGCUGCAGAAGUCUUUCAUUAUUUUAUUAUCAAAGCGAAACGUAUGCCGAAAAUGGCGGCCUUCUCUUGGGGUCUGGUUUUCAUCAUCUAUUAUGGAGUUUUGCUGUGCACAGCUGGCUUAUUUGGUUUAACAUCUAUGCUAUCCAUGAUUCUAAUCGUCAAGCAUGUUCCACCAAUGAUUGAUUAUCUCAUGUAUGGCUUUUUCGGUCUACAAAUGCUAACAUUUUUGGUUGCAUUUAUUAUUGAUGCAUUUAUUGUUCGAUUAAUGAAUGUUUCUCAAUGUAUUUUUAUUCUUCGUAAUGCAUUGCAUUUUAUAUCAACACCGUUUGUACUGUUAGGUUAUUCACUGGUGGAACUAUAUGCAUUGCAUGAAAUGAUUGUAUUUGGCAAGAAAGUCUGUAAACAUGGAGCAUCAAAAAAGGGCGCGUUAAAGCAAUAA